AUGGUUGUAGGGGCGUUUCCAAUAGCUAAAUUAUCUGUUUUGUUGGUGAAACAGAUAAGUAAACCAAUCGCGAACGUGUGCAAGGAGAGAGCCAAGAAUAAUCCAUUUUUCAGAACUUAUGUUUGUAUGCCUCCAGCGCAAUUUUACAAUUGGUGUGAAGUUAAAGCCAAAAUGUGGAUUUUAAAUUUGGGAAAACCUGUCAAUAUUCCUGUUUUAAGCCAGGAAAUGGCCAUUGAACUUGGAGCAAAUCUUCUUGGCGAAACGGUUAUAUUCGUAAUUGGUGCUAGCCUUUUAGUGAUCGAGUACAAUAGGCAAAGUAAAAAAGAAGCAGCCAAAGAAGCCAAGCGUGAAGAGGAGAUGAAACACAUCACAAGUACUAUCACAGAUUUGUAUUUUACUGUGCAAAAACAACAGACACAACUCCGAGAAAUGGAAAGGCUUAUUCAUUCUAUUGGUGGAGAUCAAGCACCCAAAAACAGCCCAUCCUCUGACAAAGAUAGUACAAAUGGGAGAUCACCACCAGAUGCCACACUAAAUAAUCACGUUCCUGAACAUAUAAAUCACAAUUCACCAACUCUUAGUCCCACACCUUAUCCAAAUAAAGGCCUAAUAUUGCAGUCGUUGAAUUAUAUACAAAUGGACGCAUUUAGCUCAUUUUUCCCCAAAAAUAAUACUGAAUAUGAGAAAGAAAGAGAUGAAGAUAAAUUUACAAGAAAUAGGAGGGAGCCAGCUGUACUCUCUGGUAUUUUGCAUAAUAUCGAGAAUAAUUUUAGAAGUUUAUUUUGAGGAUUUUACAGUAUAAAUUACACAUUGUACUUGCAUUAAAAUGUUGAAAUGACCACUAGAAUGUUAAAUAAUUUGUUGCAAAAUUGUUGUUGACCAUAACUAAUUUGCAAUAAAUUGCUUUAAAACAGGAGCCUUCUGUGUGACAAGUUAUAAAGUAGACUUUUCUCAGUUAAAAGUUACGUAAUUUUAACUAUAUAAAAUUAUCUACAGUUAUAAAAGUAUUGGUUUUUCAAAUGUGCACACAAUAUUCAUAUUGUAACUAAGUAUUCUAUUGUUAAGUAAUGUUCUACAAAUAUCUGUUUUAAAAGCAAAAAUUUUGAACUUAUAAUAGAAUUAAAAUAGUAUGUGUUUUCAACAGAAAUAUAUUAUUUAAUGCUUUUAAGUAUAAUGUCUCUAGUCACAAUUUAAUUUGUAGAGGAAGCUUAUAUUCUUUUAACUAGAUCAAUGAUACUUAUUUAAAUAGGUAUUAAAAAUGUUAUUAAUUA